AUGACAUCCAACUUAGCCACUCAAAUCUUACUAAAAGGUGUACAAGCCGCGGAAAAAUUCACAGGUCUAGACGAGCAAGACCCAGUGUCAUGGUUGCAAGAUAUCGAAGAAUUGUUCGAAGCCACCAAAACAGCCAAACCCGAUCGACGAACAUUGUUACCAAUGUAUUUUGGCGAAGAUGUGAAAAAAUGGUAUCGUAGCAAGGAGCAUACGAGUGAUUAUGAUGAAUUCAAGCAACAAUUCAUCGCUGCAUUUUCAUCGUCGGCACAGAAAUUGAAGAUUUCCUCCAAACUAAUCAAUCGACGACAAGGAAACAGUGAAGCAGUACAGUCGUACUAUUAUGAUGUGUUAGCGUUGUGUACAAGAUUCAACCCGGACAUGCAAGAUGAAGAAAAGAUAGUGUAUCUCCUGC